CUGUUAUUUUUGCGCCAACUGGAACUUACGAGUGGAAUGGGCAUGAUGAUCAACCCCGUAAGUUGAACAGAUCGAGGAACUUUGAAAGGGGGGAAAAUAUGCAGAACAGAAAUUUCCGAGCCAGGGACAUGCCACCUAUACAUAACCAAGGGAUGCAGAACCCUCCACCUCUAGGAAUCAUGCUUCCACCAAAUAUGGGCAGUGGAAUCCCCCAAGGAUUACCUUUGCCGGAAUGCCUCUGCCCAGCCACCCUGGAUGCCCCUAAGCAAUUCAUGCUUGGGCAUGCGCUUAUUACAAUUCCAUCUAUAUCGUUCAAGAAGCUGUUCGCUGACCGGCCAGGCCCGUCGGAACCUGAAAAGGAGGAGGACUUAUUUAUCAACGUAGUGUAUCCUGACCAAGCCGACUUCAUGCAUUGGCUGGUCGUAAUGGAGGGGCCGGAGGGCGAUCCUACUAGAGAUGAGAUCAUCGAUACUUAUAUUAAGACGGUUGCGCAGGUUGUUAAAAGCUUCUCCGUGAUAUGUUGGAAUUACCUAUGGCUGGAGGUGAAGAAAAAGCCAGGAGUAAGAUCUACACUGUUGAUACAGAGCCCUACUACUUUGCAUUUGGAGUCAACGUAUUUCCAAAGCUUGCUUUCAAACUUGCUGGUCUGCCUAGAGUUCGAUGGGUUGUUGUUGAUGCGUACCUGCCUCUGAGGAAAGGUUGUGGGGCAUGGAAGCUUUGAUCUUCUAAUUCUGCCAUGAACUUUGCAUCCUGGAGAUUACAUUCUCUCAUUUAUGAAAACCGCUGUGCUUUGUUGACCUCAGCAUGAGGCAAUUGUGCUGCUGCGAUCUUUGUUCUUGGCCGACUAUACGUGCUUGGCUUUUAUUCGGGCAAGUUUUGCACGUGAUCUAUUAUGUUAAUUGGUAUUCAAAUAUAGUGAUUAAGACAAUUUUUUAGCAGAUAAGUUUGCUUAAUGGAAACGUGUUUAGAAAGAUAAAAGUUUGUUCCAA